GCUGCCAGAAACGUAGAAGCAAGGUGGCGAGAACGAUAACUCGUGGAAUAAGACAGCGUGUGGCAAAUAACAACAGAAAAGGUCGUGGGCGUAUCGAAUUGUAUGAUGAGCAGCAGAGCGGGGUAAACAGGAGCAGUAUUUGGGACAAGUCGAGUUGCUGAAGCACAGCUAUCGCGUCGGUCUCUUUGGAAGUUUGGGAGCAGCAAAGUUCGCUGCGGCUUUGGCUAGCGCACCCACUUGGGCCACUCCUCGACCUUUUACACAGACAAAAGAAAAAAUGGUGUCCUGGAUCGUCUCAAGGAGCGUCGUUCUCGUGUUUGGGACCCUGUAUCCUGCAUACUACUCCUACAAAGCUGUCAAGACAAAAAAUGUCAAGGAAUAUGUCCGGUGGAUGAUGUAUUGGAUUGUUUUUGCCCUCUACACUGUGGUGGAGACCAUCACUGACCUUACACUGGCAUGGUUUCCCUUGUACUAUGAACUGAAGGUAGCAUUUGUAGUCUGGCUCCUAUCCCCUUACACCAGAGGAGCAAGUCUCAUUUACAGGAAAUGUCUGCACCCGCUGCUGUCUUCCAGGGAGAGGGAAAUAGAUGAGUAUAUUGUGCAGGCCAAGGAAAAAAGUUAUGAGACCAUGGUGAACUUUGGCAAGCAGGGCCUCAGCAUUGCAGCCACUGCUGCUGUCACUGCAGCUGUCAAGGGUCAGGGUGCUAUCACAGAAAAGCUGCGCAGCUUGAGCAUGCAUGAUCUCACACAGAUCAGUCAGCAAGACGACAGAGGUGAGAACCAGCUGUAUCGGUACAGCUCCCAUGCUGCCAAUCCAUCCGUCAGACGAGCUCAGAGUGCUGAUGUACCUGAUGAAGCAGGGGUCGCCACAGCGUGUCAUCCUUUUCCACAAUACUUUUAUGACGAGAACGACAGGAGCGAUGACGAGACCGAGCCACUGUUUUCUGAAGAUGAGGCUGUUUCGCAGAAAGGACUGCGGCGGUCUCAGAGUGUGAAGCUGAUGCGUUCCAGAGUCCGCAAAGAUGCUCGGUAUGGAUCACUGAAGAUUAAAGGGAAGAAGAGACCAUCGCUGAACUCCAUAAACUAUGGAAUGUGAAGAGACUUCUUCUGACACCAAAAUACACACACACUCCCGGAUACACUGCUGAGUCGUGAAAGAUAAUCUGUCUUGAAUAUUUUUAUAUACAAAAUAUAUUUAUAUACAGUGGAGAUAAAGUCUACACACAUCACUAAAAAUGGCAUAUGAACAUGGGUGACUAGACUAUAUCUACUCUAUACGUGUGUGUGUGUGUGUGUGUGUAUUUUAGAUCCAUCUGUCUGCCGAGUUUAUUUCCUAAUAGGUGUUUUUCCACUGCGCGUUUCUUUCACUAAUGUGGGUGGAGAAAUGAUCGACGCUUUAUGACGAACCACGGAAAACGUCAUUCCUGCCGAGGUUGCAAAAUUCCUUUAUGUUAAAUUCAUCAAUUUAAAAAAAAAAAAAAAAAAAAAAAAAGUUUGAAGUCAUUUGUCAUUGUUGACAAUAAUAGAGACAACAGUAACCCUAAGUGCACAUUUUAGAGUGGCCUUUUAUUGCGGACAAUCAUGCUGUCUUCUCGGCAUCUUGUUCUGCCACACCGAUGGGAUGGACGGAUUAUCUCAGCAUAGAAGUGCUCGCCGACGCGAUUUGCGAGCAAGGCUUGAGAAAGCGGAAACAUUUUUAGAUCGUUAAAUUCAUCUUGUGAAAAAUGGGAACAAAAAAAGUUUUGCAUUCAUAUUGGACACAAUUUACUUGUAAUAGGUCCUUAACAUGUAUUGUGCUUUUAUUCAUGUUUCUUUUUCAAUUUUGGAUUAGAAGGGCUUUUAUAUGACUCAUAGCUGUUUUUACUUAUGCAUCUCAUCCAAAGCUUUUUUUUUUUUUUUUUUUUAAGCUGCUGCUUUGUUGCUUGUCAUCUCAAUAUUUACGUAGUGUAGAUGCAGUUGGACACAAAAAUCCCCCAAAAUUGUUUCAUCUUUGAUAAAUCAUUUUAUUGAUGUACAUCCUCGUGCCACUCUAAUGGCUUUGUAUCAUUUAAAAUGAGCUACAUUGUCACUGGUUCAGCGGAUGGAGACAAGGAUGGAGGUUGACGACAGCGCUUUUUAUUACGCCUACUGAAUAGAUUGUUCCUGAGUAUUAUCUCAAAUCAUGCAAUAAAUCGGUAUCCAAUUUUUAUUUUCUUGCCAGGUCGAGUACAAUGAACAUGUUCAUAGUUACUUUUGAGGUAUUUGGAGUGUAUCCAAAUAUACAGUUGGUCUCCAGCAUCAUCAAUACCAUUGAAUUGUGUGUUAAAAGAAAUUAGGGAAGAAUAGAUGCUUGGAGAGCUGGUGGCAGAGUUGCUUUUAUUAUUCCUUCAAAAUAAAAACAUAAACAAACAGCCCCAACAAGAGGCUCACCAAUGAUAGUGCUCGUGUUACGAAGACUUGACAGCGUUUUGGCUGCUUGGCAAAGCUGUCCAUGCAGGGAGAUAGACCCUCACGGGCAGCCAUGAUUUAUAGCACACGAAUAGGCUGUUACAGUUUUUGGCUUUUGCCGAAAUGUCGUAAUCUUGUCAUCAUUAGUGUCAAUGCAAUGCACAUAACUGACUAAUUUUAAGCCAAAGCUUCGUGUACUUAAAAUAGUGUGGCUCAGGCUUUGGGUAAUGUUUUUUGUGGAUUACUGGAUUGUAAAUGUAAUAAAAUCAUACCAGUUUUCUCUGGGCAACGA